CACUGAGAAUAAGGAGCCAUGGCUAAAUGACAACAGUGCCACAGAAGGAGAGAAGGAAAAAGCAGGAAUGCCAGCUGACAUGAAACAUGAGAAACAGACUAGCCCUAAUGGAGAAACCUCACAUGAGGAAUUUGAAUUGCCUGACCGAGUGGGUGAUGAAGAGCCUGGGGCAGGACUUGAAAAUACAAAAGAAUCACAAAGUCCUGGACAAUCAGCACUUUCAUCAGUACAGCAUCACAAUGAAUCACAACCAACAAGUUCUUCCUUGGCUAUUAAAGGUGAAUUGUGGCCCAAAGUAAAGGUCUUCCCAUUCAUCACUGGACAGACAUUUGGUGCCUAUGAGGCAAUAAUGGAAAAAGUGAAUAAUAACAAAAACUACUGGCCAAACUACCUGUCAAACUACUGGCCAAACUACCUGUCAAACUACUGGCCAAACUACCUGUCAAACUACUGGCCAAACUACCUGUCAAACUUCUUGCCAAGCUCCUGGCUGCCCCCUACACUUGAGGAAAAACAAAGUCCAGAGGAAUCUUCGGUCAUCAUUGUCUUUUGUCCAAUCACCUCACGCGUUGGGUCAGAUGUGGAAUCAGCAAUGACAAAUCCACAAGUCUCAUCACUGAAUAAACCAGUGAUUCUGGUUCUGAUGCAUCACACCAGAGAUCCUGACUAUUCAACUGCAGGAACAAAAUGGUCGGAAGUGUAUGACAAUGUUAAGCUUGAGGUUCACAUUCUCUUCCAUGAGACUAAACCAGGAUUACUGACUUGUCAACAAAACAGUCAGGCCAUCGAAGCCAUCGAUCAGAAGUUAAAUGAGUACAGCACUUGACCUUUAGUUUCCAUAUUUUGAUUUGGUGUCAUUUUAGUAUUAUCUCAACAAGAGCAGUUGCACAUCAUCCCAUCAAGUUUCAUGUAGAAAACAGAAAUAUGUAAACCAUAUUGCUGAACCAUAUUGCUUAGAGAUGUUUUCAUCAAAAAAUUUUCACUUGGAGUAAAUGAUGUACUGUUUUCUGAUUAUAUAAGCCAUAUAUAAACCAUCUAGAAAUGUGUUUUAUUGCUAUUGCAAUAUAAAAUUUCACUCUAACUCAUCUAAAUUUGGAUUGAUAGCAUUAUAUGUAUAUGAAUGUUUUUCUUUAUUGAGAGAGCUUGUAACUAUGAGUUAUGGAUGCAAAGAAGGGAGAACCUGAAGUUUCUGUCGAGAUUUCUCAUCAACUCUCAUUUCCUGCCAUUCAUGUUGGGUGAAGGUGUUUCCAAUGAAAGUCUAAGUCCCUCCAAAGAGGUGAGGUACGACUACCUGAGAGAGUAGUCUUCUGUUGACUGUUCAGUGAGACAGGCCUUCAAAUGGUUUUCUCCUUCAAAUAAAAAAAAACAAAGACAAAGCUGAAUCUUUUUCUAGCUAUUGGACUCUCAUUCCUUGAUUUUAGCAAAUUAAUAGUGAUAUUAUUAAAAGCU